GGCAUACCGACAUUAUACAUAAGACACACAGUGUCUGACUUCAUGUGGAAACUGAUGCAUGGUGCCCUGUGCUGCGGAAAACUCUGGGCAAAGAUACCAGGAUACGAAGACCGAUCCAAAUGCCCUCACUGCAAAACAAUGGAAUCAAUAGACCACAUCCUCUCCAAUUGUGGAGCGAUAGGCCAAAACAUUGUAUGGAGCACAACCAAGAACUUUUGGAAAAGGAAAGACUUACCCUGGCCUGAGGAACUAACACUCCUGGAUGUCCUGGGAGCAGGACUGAAGACCUGGACAAACCCCAACUCUACAACUCCCAGACACGGAGCCACAAGGUUAUGGCACAUCUUGAUCCUGGAAGCAGCCUUCCUCAUCUGGAAAUUACGCUGCAAAUGA